AUCACUUUCAUCAGCACUGUUGAAAGAAGAAAAAAUGUCAGUUCUACCUCCUGAAAUCAAAUUUGAGACUUCUAAAGUCACCAGAAGUUCCCUUGACAGUUGUUUUCUUUUUGAGAGUAGUUGGAGGAAAGCAGUUUUAGAAACACAAAAGAUGAGGAAAGAAUAUUCCACAGCGUUUGGUCUAGAAGAGCUCAAGGAACGUGUCAAAAUGCCAUAUUUACCAGGACUGCAAAGUUGCCAAAAAAGUAUAAGUUCAACUCUACUAGAGGUGCACAAAACACUGCUGCGUGCUGACACUGAGACGCCUCCAGUCAGGAUAAAGAAGACUAAGGAGACAUGCACCAUGGUACCACUUCAGGAGAAACCAAAAAGUUCUAGCUUCAGCGAUCCUCUCACUGGAGCACCGUCUCAGUACUUACAGAGACUCUCCAAGAUGGCCAUAUUAGAAUAUAAUACCAUUCGUCAGGAAACAGCCAGAAAAUCAAAAAAGGACAAGGAACGAGACCUACGAGACUGCUGAUAAAUACCAUACAGUGUGAUGCUUUCCUCACCGAUUUUUAAGGUUUAUAUUUCCUUUUUCUUUUUUUUCCCAAUAUGUAACAUGAUGCACAAUGAUUUAC